CAGUUCCCUCCCAACCCCAGGGCCCAUCUGAGAGGUCUGUUCAUUCCCAGGUCCGUGAAGCCCUCCCCAAGCCGGCGGAUUCUGCAUGCCAUCCGUUGCAGCCAGGAGAUUGGGUUUACACUAAGGUGCACCAACGCAAGUCCUCCCUUGAGCCUCGCUGGAAAGGCCCCUACCAGGUGCUGCUGACCACCCAUACGGCGGUAAAGUGCGAAGGGCUUGCCGGCUGGGUCCACGCCUCACAGUGUAAACGUUCUCCAGUCCGUGUGGACCGCCCUGGCAUGUCUGUGGUGCCGGAUACUCCUGAGGUCCGUGAAAUUCCUGUUCCUGAGAUUCCUGCUCCCGAGGUUCCAAUACCCCCGGAUCCAGAGGACCCCCCUCCCGUCGUUCCCCCCGCUGGAUCCAGAUAUAACCUCAGGGAGAGACGUUAAAGGACUCAAAGGGAACUGGUCCCUUGCAGGACUCAUUUGAACAUGGCUGCUCCUAGGGCCAUAAGAGAAUCCGCGAUGGUGCGGAGGUGGCUUAUGCCCUCCAUUUGGUUUAUCUGUAUUACUAUGUUGCUCUUACUGCUCUUGAACUUUCAUUACUCUUUCAUGUCCUUUUGGGCCCCCGUUAAGGCCAAGGCCCCCUCCUCACCCACCUGUAACAUCCCUUGAGGCCCCCCAACGCAGGAGUUGGAGUCCUCCGCCACUACUCCCAAGCGGGGGCGGAGGUCCCUAUCGACGGGGCAAGGGAAAGGGGUGAGACCCCCGCCUGUAACUUUCGAUGAGGUUAGAAAUUGGCCCUGGUGGAAAAGACGCUAUGUUGUGUACUGGCAGGGAGGAAAUUGCGGGACUGAUUCAUGGCAGUGUGGCGUUGAUUGGAUCUUGGGAUUCAUCCCGCGAACGGGGCGAUGUGCAGAAGGCCAAGUCGCUUGGCCUUGCAUUACCCUCCCUGAGUUUUAUCCCGCUGCUCCUCCCACCCCUCCACCUCCUCCCGUGUUUACCCCCCCUCCUCCCACCUCUCCCCCUCCUAAAGGAGCUUCCCGGUCCCCUCGGGCAGCUGCCCCUCACGCCUUCCGCUUAAUAACCGAAUAUACUACUGUCCUGCAAUGGCCUAGGCCUUCCCUUUCCGGAGAUUUAUUCUCCUAUUGCUCUGCCCGGUUGUUCUUCUCCCCCCGAAACUACCCGAGCCAGUUGUACCAGCGAAUCAUCUCUUGGGAAUCCAUGGGCACUGUGUUUAUCGAUCCUGUCAAUAUUUCCUCCGACCCUACGUCCCAGCCUAAGGUAAAAAACUACACUAUGCCCGGUUGGCGAGACGGUGUGGACGCUAUGUUGCUUCCCGGUUCGUGCCAAACCAAGGAUGAAUCCGGUUCUCUGUGUUAUCUGAUUACCCAGGCCACUAGAACUACAGCCUUUACCAGCAGGCAUUGCCCUGUUACCCCUAACUUCACUUGUGAACAGACCCUUCCCCUUACAGAAAAUUUUACCUGUACCUUAAUUCAAUACACCCCCACCCUAUUCGCCAAUAUAUCCAUGGCUAAAAGGACCCUCCAUGUGCAUACCCAUCAGCUCUGGUAUGAAACAGUGGGAAAGGGAGACAUUACGGGGUUCCGAUGGACCAUUUUAAAUGCCACUCUGGGGACGAUCAGAUUUUCCCUCCCUCUAUCCCAUUUCCAAAUAGCUGCUACUUACCCUAACUGUUCCAAGGGGGCGGCCAUGAGACUCGUGCAACAGCACUUCCUAAUGAGGGGGCAGCGGAGAAAACGGGGACUAGCCGAUACGUUAUGGAAGGGAGCCAACAGUGCAGCCUCGGCUUGGAAUGUUUUUAAGACCUCCCAACAUGAAGCCCGAUUGGGCCAGCUCGAGCAUGCAUCCGGUCUUAUCUCUGCGGCACAGGUGACGGGACUUAAGGCGGGGAUAGGGGAAUUGCAUGUUAUCUCCACCCUUAACGUCCUGACCCACGAUCUCCUCUCCCAGAUGGUAUACCAUAUUUCUGGGGCCGGGAAGGCAUUGCAGUGGGACCUUGCAUGCUCGGAGGUUCAGGACUUCCUCAACACUCAGCUGGCAGAGAUUCAAGAGGACCUCCGGCACCAGGCAUGGCCCGCUGCCCUUCGAAACACCUCGGGUGUUCCCCCAGAACUAUGGCCCUGGAGGCAUACAUGGAGGUUUUCCGAUUGGGGUUGCCAACGCUCCCAGUGCUCUUUCCAGGCCUAUGGGCCUGUAGGUGGAAUUUGGGCCCCCACUUAUCGGAUCCUCCCUGGCCCCUGGGGCGGAUGUCUGUGGGAUUGGGUUAUCCAUCAGGACGUUUGGGAGAUCAAACCGCCCCACGGCCCCAACAGGUUCCUAGUCAGUGCUGCGGAGAUAACCCCUGAUCUUUGGUUCGGCCAGGGUUCAUUAUGGACCCUCUGGCCUUUACAACCCCCUCAGCUCCGAUGCAUCCGUAAAUUAAGGCCCGGGGAAAUUGUUGUCCUCCACGAGCACGUUUGCUGGGAGGGCUGGGGUAGAUUAGCCACAUUAGGUUCUAGGACCAUCCUCGAGGCCAAUGACAGCUGUGUCCUUGUUAACUCCUCAACGUCACUAGACACUGUCUUUAAUUUAACCACUGCCUCGGGCUCGCAGGUUGUGUACUGGCCUGCGGACCGACGCUAUCAGGUUUCUUUAUCAUUCUCUAUUCCCUUCGACUGGGCUGCUCUAACAUUGGACCGCUUUCAUUCCCUUGAGACCCUUUUGCCUGAAAUUCGUAAACUUUCCAAGCUAAAGGCCCAGAUUGAUGUCCUGGAAACCACCUAUAAUUCCGAACUCCGAGCCUUCGAAACAGCCCAUCGGGUUACAACCCUUUGCACUGGCUCGGAUCUUCUCUGUUUUAUCUCCAGGGCAUUGCACCCCCCUCAGAUGAAUCGGUUCCUGUUUUGGGGAUUUGUUGGGGGAGGUCUCCUAUUAAGCUUCUGCACCUGCUACUGCUGUUGCACCCGUUGCCGUGCCCGGCCCAUUACUCCCACUGUUCUCACCUUUGCACCACCGCCCCCAUAUCCCGACCCAGUGCCUCUUGCCCCUCUGAGGGAAUCUGUGUUAGAGCCUGAAUCUCCAGUUUAUGAUACCCUGGAAAUAACUUAUUACAGCGGGUAUGAGACACCUCAGGAAGAACACCCCGAGGUCCAUGGUCUCAUGACCAUCCAUAUUGAGGGCAUAGAUGGUUGAUGCAUAGAGCAUCAAGAGGAGGGAAUUGUGGGGGAUUUUUCCAGGACCCCGCUUAAUACACCCCUGCAUAAGACCCCAGGACUCUGCUUCCCAGGCCAAGCGUGUGGUCCCGGCUUAGCAUGAGCAAUAGGCCUAGCCCUCAGUUAGCUUAGCAUAAGUAACAGUAGGCUACUAUAGACCAAGUGGAAAAAUUUGCAAUAAUAUGAUGUGGCGUAAUAAAAUCAAGCCUGAAGAAAAGAGGAACUACCACCAAUAGGCAAUUAUGAACCUUGGUCUUAUAUUAUAAUGUGAUAGCAAUGGAAAAUUUAGGUCUUGUACAGUCGAAACCGCACGUAGGGGGGCACGAGGGGUACUUGGGAAAUAAAGCUUAUUGUACAAGACAUUUAACUGCAAUUAUAUUAAGCAAUUUAGUAAACAAUAAGAUACGCAAGAUAAGUUGGGGCAAGAAGGGAAGAUUGGUGAAAUCCAAGGCCCUUAGAGAAAAACAGGAAAGGCCCUACAAGGUAGUCGGGUCCAAAGUGCGGCCCCAGGGGAUUUCUGAUAGGUCUGCUAUUAAGAAUAUACCUAAUAAGGAUAAUAAGAUUUGUAAUGUGUGAUGACGCUUUGCGGUUUUUAUCCUUAAAAGCUAGAAGCCCUGAAAAGUUGCCAAGGCGGCCGGACCCCAUGCUGGGGGAUCUGUCGACCUUCCUUGUAUGCAUACUCGAAUAAAAGAGCCAUCAGGCUGUGUCUGACCCUAAA